AUGGCUUUCAGUACUGUAACCGUCAAGCAGCCAACCAAGGAUUCUGCCCUUGAGAUUGAAAAAGACAUUUUUGAUGUCCUCCUCUGUGAUGCUGCUCGAUCGUCGACAAUCUCCAAGGUUCAGCCAUGGAAGGCCUAUGGUUUCGAACCUGCAACGGAGAUCUACCCAGCAGCUUGGAACAUCCCAGGUCAAGCUGCUCACAAGGUCAUUGUCGGAGUCGAUCAUUGCUAUAAGUUCGGCUCCGGCACCAACGGAAGCACUUAG